CAGAACAUACCCUUUGUUCUCUCCACUAGUUCCCUUUCGUUUAUUCUUCACUUCUUUCCAAGAAAUUUUCACUUGUUCUUAUCUCUGUUUCUCAAUCGCUUCUUUUCUCUGUUUUCUGUCAUUUCUCUGGAAAAUAUGAAUGGGGUUGAAGAACAAGGGGAGAGUGUGACUCUCGAUCUUCUCAAGAAAAAAAUGGCGGAUUUUGCUAAGGAGAGGGAUUGGGAUAAGUUUCAUAGCCCUAGAAAUCUCCUUUUGGCUCUGGUUGUAUGCCGCCGAACAAUCCCCUUUUCUCUGCUUUUUAUAAUCCAAAAAGAAGGAAAAUCACUAGCUUAAAGCACUAUUUUUUCUAUUAAUUUUCUGUAUUUUUUUAUUUUUCUACUGGGAUUUUGGAGAUUUCAUGGAAUGUGUAUUGUAAAAAACAAGGUGGAUUUGCAGAAAUUUAUUAGGAUUUAAGGGAUUAGAAUCACUAAUUUACCCUGUUGUUCUAUGAAGGUGAGUUCUUUUCCUCUUAUAUAUAUUUUUUCCCUGUUUGUACUUUCUUGCUCACCAAGUUAGGGUUUUAUCAAGUUUCAAACUUUUCGGGAUUGGUGUGAGUGUAAGAAUAAAUGCCUUCCGAUAACCCCACCAACCCAAAUAGCUGAUUAUGUAUUGCUGUCAAUCAUUAAACCCAUAAAUCAAGUGUCUGAAAAAAAUGACCUUUUUUUUUUGGGUCAAAUGUGAUGAUUCCACAGGUGGGUGAAGUGGGAGAACUCUCAGAGAUAUUUCAAUGGAAAGGUGAGGUUCCAAAAGGUCUACCUGAUUGGAAAGAUGAAGAGAAAGUGCAUCUCGGUGAGGAGCUCUCUGAUGUCCUGCUUUACCUAGUCAGGCUCUCUGACAUCUGUGGAAUUGACUUGGGUAAAGCUGCCCUGCGCAAGGUUGAACUCAAUGCCAUUAAAUACCCACCAAAGAAAUAAGGCAAAGCAACCAGAAUUUAAUAGAAUUGUAACUUAGUCCGGAUUCAACUAUUUGUUUCCUUUGACUAGGUGUUACUCCUACUACUUACUAGAACUACUAGUGACUAGGUGUCAUUACUAGGAAAGAGACAGUAUGAGAGGUUCAAUGUAUGGAGAUGAGUAGUGUUGGCUUGGUGGCGUGUUGAUUUCUUUAAUUUGUUUGUUCUCACAGGUUUUGUUACUAUUUUGUCCGUUGAAUGGGAUCCUCUUACGUGAGUUCAGAUAUGGUAGAAACUAUUCCCA